GCAAGGCAGGAGACAGAUAUAAGGCCAUCCGGUUAACCUGGUCUUUUUCCCCUCUCGUGACUUAGUACUCACACAGUCAACAUCUUUGAACAUGCACGCUCCACUUGUAGCUAUAGUCACUGGCGCGAAUCGUGGCAUUGGUCAUGCCAUCUGUGCUGCGCUUUUUCGGGACUUCAAAGGCCCUUUGAUUGUAUACACAACCUCGCGUACUGGGGCCGUUAUUGACUGGACAGGGACAUCUAUCCCUCCAACGGUGCAAGUUCGACCCGCACAGCUGUGUAUCACCGACCAGGCCAGUAUCGCUGCUUUGCGCACGAGGAUCAGCAGCGAACACGGCGGCUGUGACGUUCUCAUCAACAACGCCGGGAUUCUCUAUUUCCGAGAGGACAUAACUGCCGAACAGCGCAAAGAAACCUUGGACGUGAACUAUCGGGGGACCCUCGAUGUCUGUCAAGCGUUCUUACCAAUUAUGCGCAAAGGAGGCCGCAUUGUCAAUAUCUCCUCCCAAACCGGCCAGCUAGAAUAUUUCCAUCCUCGCUUGCAGGCGCGGUUUUUAACCCCUGACCUCACUCUCAGGGAGCUUGAUGCCCUGAUCGACGAGUACAGCAAGUCAGCAGACCAGAAAACCGCGACAAUGUCAGGCUGGCCGGCAUUGGCCUACAGCGUCAGCAAGGCCGCCAUAAAUGCCGGAACGCGAAUUCUGGCCCGCGACAAUCCCAACUUGCUGAUUAAUUGCUGCUGCCCCGGUUGGGUGAGCACGACCCUGGGUACGCAGGCAGGUCAGCCACCCAAAUCUGUUGAGGAGGGGGCGAAGAUCCCGCUACGAUUGGCGGUCGGUGAUAUUGAGCAGGUCAGUGGGCGGUACUGGGCGGACGAUUCGGUGGCAGAUAAGGGCAAUGGAAAAGUCCAGGGUUGGUAACAGCCUCGAGGUAGCAAUGGUUCCCCAAAGAAGACACCAGGCGACGGUCUUAGGAUCGGGGAUGGACACCGAUCAUCGACAUUGUUGGUCCGGCACUUGGGGAUGUCCCAAAUUAUCACUUAUUAAAAAUGGUACGGAACACCAUCAGUUUGUAAUCAUACAAUUGUCAGAGUAGAC